CUCGAAUCUCGUUGAGAAAUAAAAAAAAGGCCAUCAUAAACCACAAAAAUUUUGAUAAUAAUUGAGAACGAAAAGGAUCCAAAAAAAGUUCAUAGAAUUAUGAACAAGGAAGAGGAUAAAAGACCAUGGGCUGAUAUAUGUCCAGAUCUCUUGGAUUCCAUCUACAACAGACUCUCGUCGCAUGUUGACGGUACUCACUUCGGCGACGUAUGUAAGAAUUGGCACAAAGUCCACUCUCACAUCGUCCUUUUCAAUCGUCGACCUGUGUUGAUCAAGAAAAGAAAUUUGUACAGCUCGGACGUCAUGCAAGUAUGGGAUGGUAAUCGACUUGUCCUCCAACGAUGUCGUGAAUCUCAAAUCCCAUAUUGGCUUGCAGAUGUAGACAUAAGGAUCCUUGGGACGGCGGGUGUGUGGUUGCUUAUAAAAGUGCGUGAUGCUUUUUUGGGCUGGUACAAUCCUCUACUCCGAUGUCCUGCAAACUACAUCAGUCUUCCCAACCCGAGACUCGUCAAUGCUCGUGGUGUAUGGCGAUCGUUAUUUCUGCAUGUUUCGUCGUCGAAAAAAUGUUGAAUUUGAGCAAAAAACAUAUGAUUUCUCCUUGGGUGUGAAAAAAGUACAAACAUGCCUCAGCGUGGGAUACAAAGAUGGUAGAUUCUUUUGUUUAUUUGAAAUGGGAGAUAUGUUGAUUUUUAGCAUCGACGAGAAUGACACCAGGAUGUUAUUGGCUGCGACUAAGCCUCUGCUUUCCGAACAACUCCAACGAUGGGACAGUUUGACUGUAGUGGCGAUUGUGGUGGCCAAAAUAAUCAGAGCUGCAAAUUAUCAAUACCAUGAGGUAGAAGAAGUGAUAGGGUUUAGGCUUGUCACUCGUUGGGGGCGAGAUCGUGAGGGGAGCUUCCGGCUAGUAACAUCGGAGGAAAAUCUUAUGACAUCGACCGAUCUAUUAUUGGAGAAUAACAAUGAUAAUGACUUGGAGGAAAACAAUAUAACAGGAGUGAUUUUAGUGAAAGACCCAUUGCCAUUGAAGAGGAAUUUCGACAUAUAUUAUUGGUACAUAUUGUAUGCUCUUUUUUUCAUACUAGUCUUGUGUUUUAUGGUUUGG